UAUAGAUGUUUGUGUAAAGCAUGGACUGAAGCUGGCCCACUCCUGUCGUUGCCUUGCCAUCAUUCUUUGAUUGAUGAAUUCAGAAUUUAGAAUUAGAAUGCCUGGAGUCCCCUUCAACACUCUGAUUCAAUGGAUUGAAUUUUCAACAAUCAUGCAAACAAAAAAGCAAAGUUAGUAUUUGCAUAUAGACAACAAAGUUCCGUGCUGUAUUUUGACAAAUCUUGUAGUUGUUACACAAGAGUCGUCAGUGGGUGAAUAAGUGAGGGAGAGAUAUAGGAGUUAGGGUUCCACUUUAUCUUCUCCCUUGGAGCGAGGCAGUCUUUUGUGGGCAACCAUGGAGAAGAAUGAGAAAGCUGGUACAGCUGACGAGCCUAAUUUUGAGUACAGAGGACUUAAAGCUAUGCCCUUUAUCAUAGGGAAUGAGACUUUUGAGAACUUGGGGACCGUGGGCACGUCGUCCAACCUUUUGGUUUAUCUGACUGCUGUCUUCAACAUGAAGAGCAUCACAGCUGUAACUCUUAUCAACAUUUUCUAUGGUACCACCAACCUUGGCACCUUGGUAGGAGCUUUCCUCUGCGAUACCUACUUUGGCCGCUAUAAGACAUUGGGAUUUGCUACAGUUGCCUCUUUUAUGGGGAUGCUUGUAAUUACACUAACAGCACUGAUCUCCAAGCUGCAUCCUCCCCAUUGUGAAAUAGAACAGACUGGCACAUGCAUUGGCCCAACAUCAUGGCAAAUUGCAUUUCUUCUACUUGGAUUUGGACUCCUAGUAAUCGGAGCCAGUGGCAUCCGACCAUGUAACUUGGCCUUUGGAGCUGACCAAUUCAAUCCCAUAACUGAAUCAGGGAAAAGGGGACUCAGUAGUUUCUUCAAUUGGUGGUACUUUACUGGUACUGUUGCCAUGAUGAUAUCCUUGACACUGGUCAUCUAUGUCCAGUCAGAUGUGAGCUGGGCUCUGGGCUUAGCAAUCCCUACUUUUCUGAUGUUAUUAGCAUGUGUACUCUUCUUCAUGGGUACGAGAAUAUAUGUGAAAUUGGAACCCAAGGGUAGCCCCCUGAAGAGUGUGGUGCAGGUCAUAGUGGCUGCAGCCAGGAAGAGGCAAUUGAAGUUACCGGAGCAACCAUGGCUCACCCUUUUUAGCCAUGUUCCCUCCAAUUCUAUCAACUCCAAGCUUCCUUACACAGAUCAAUUCAGAUUCCUCGAUAAAGGUGCAAUAAUAACCCCUGAAGACCAAAUCAACUCAGAAGGGUUAGCAGCUGAUCCAUGGAGACUUUCCAGUAUUCAGCAAGUGGAAGAAGUGAAAUGUUUGAUGAGAGUGAUACCCAUAUGGGCCUCAGCCAUUAUCUACUAUGUUGCUCUAGCUCAGCAGCAAACCUAUACAGUUUUCCAAUCCCUUCAAUCUGACAGGCAUCUUGGUCACAGCAAUUUCAAGAUCCCGGCUGCAUCUUACAGUAUCUUCUCUAUGUUAGGCCUCAUUAUAUGGAUACCUAUCUAUGACCGAAUUAUGGUCCCAUUACUUCAAAGGUUCACAGGAAAAGAAGGCGGCAUCACAGUCCUCCAAAAGAUGGGUGUUGGCAUGUUUCUCUCUAUAGUAACCAUGCUUGUAUCUGCCUUUGUAGAACAUCAGAGAAGGACUUUGGCGCUUUGUGAGCCAACAUUAAGGAUAGACCCAAGAAGAGGUGCGAUUUCUUCCAUGUCCGGUUUGUGGUUUAUACCUCAGCUGACACUAGUGGGAGUCUCCGAGGCAUUUACUGUAAUUGCCCAAGUUGAAUUCUUCUAUAAGCAGUUCCCAGAAAGCAUGAGAAGCGUUGGUGGAUCUUUCUCAUUUCUUGGUGUGGCAGUGUCAAGUUAUUUGAGCAGCUUCUUGGUAUCGACAGUUCACCGGAUGACAGCUGGGGCUGCAUCAGGAAACUGGUUGCCGGAAGACCUUAACAAGGGUAGAUUGGAUUACUUUUAUUACCUCGUUGCUGCUUUGGGAGUCAUCAAUUUGGGCUACUUCCUAUUAUGUGCAAAGUGGUACAAGUACAAAGGGAGUGCUUGCAGCACCCAAGAAGUGCCUAUGGAGAGAGUUGAAUCAGAGAAACCUCUUGUUUGAUAUAGAAAUUAGAAUCAUAGCUGCAGAAGACUAUAACGCCCCAGUUUCAAGUUUGAACAAGGCAUGCAAAAUUAUACGACGUCAAGAUAGAAAAUCAUAUAUGUGUCAACUGAGACAGAAAAUGUGAACAAUCUUCUUCCCAACUUCCUUGUACCUAGUCAAAUAAUGUAAAACACAAUAAAGGAAAUUAUUCAACUUUCCAACUUUA